CCAGACGGGUUCAUCAGGCAGUCAUCUUGGGGUAGCCAUGGGGGAUUAAGAAGGGGUGGCACACCCUGAUAUAUAUUUCCGGCCUCGCUUGCUGCGAGUGGGACAAGCGGGUCACAGACAGAUAUUUCCAGCCUCGCUCGUUGUGUGGUGUUUACGUGUACAUCCGUCAUCUGUUCCAAGUAUCACAAAACCUUUGCACGUGUACAAAAUGUACGCGUCAUCCGACGUGAACUGGUUUAGAACUGACUUCACUUUGUUUAUUUUGGACAUUUUGGACACGUGCUGCAUGACCACCAACUCAUCUUGUUUUCGGCAGCUACACAGUAAAUGUAUCGGUACGUCAAACAUGUCAAACAUGCUGACGUGUACAUGGAGCAAGUUCAACUGAGGACAUAUGUGUGGACUAGUUGAUCACUUGAUUGACAUGUAGUCUUUUGCCUUCGCACUUCUAGUGGAUGUGCUAGAUCCUCAAUGCCUGUACUGCUUCCUAACCCCCUGUGUUGUGAUGGCUAUUGGUAGCCAGCCAUGCAACUCACCUGCAAACAUGAAAUGGGCGUACUGCACCUUUUCUCAACUUUAGAAAACUAUAGUGACUGGCGAGUAACUGAGUAGGAUCCAUAGAUGGAAUACUCUUGUAAUGAGAAGUACGAUAAUAUAAAGAGAGGGAUGAGAACUUGUCUUGUCAGAAACUCUGAAUGCUUCUGACGUGACCGUUGGUACAGUGUAAUUUUGUGUGUCUCUUGACUGAGAAGUCUGGUAGUGAAAAGGAAGGCAAUGAUGCAUGCGGAAACUUCGUACCAAGAACCUCAUACAGUGUACAUGUAUUUGAAAAUCUUGACAUCUAUGAAACACAUGAUCAAUCAUCAAACAUUUGUCAAAUGAGAAGCUGAGUGAUAUUAACCAAAGAUGAGGUACCGGUAUACGUACAUGUACAUAAAGUUAUCAUGGAACUGAAUUAUCAGUGAGUCUGAUAUAUGUACCAGCACUUAGCAUUCACACGAUAAUGGCCCAAGCAAACGAUGCUCCAGUACUCAGACUGAUACCAGAUGUGAUCCAGCACCAGCCUAGGGCUAUCAUGAGUCUGGAUUCCAGACCACUACAGGCGUGUCGUCUGUACCUGGCUAGUGGAAUAAGCACGCAUGGAAUCUCUAGGGAUGUUCAUGUGAACAUGGUUGACCAGCUGCAGCAUCUCGAAGAAGAACAAGAACAAUUGAACUCCUCGCUACUUGCUCUGACCACACACUUUGCCCAAGUCCAGUUCCGACUCAAGCAGAUCGUCAAUGCACCUAUUGAUGACAAAGAGAAUUUGUUGAAGGAUCUGGAGGAGUUUGCAUUCAAAGGUUGUCCUGAUGUCAGAGGAAGCCGUUCACAAGAUGCUCAGAUGCUAGAAGAUGCUAGUGAGAAGGAACAUGAGAGUCGUAUCACUGAGCAGAGGGAGAAGCAGAUGGAGCUGAUCAGUCAGCUCAAGAGCCAGCUGGAUGACUUGGAACAGUUUGCCUAUGAGGAGGGAAGUGGAGAGUUACCUCAGAACAUGAUCCUGGAGAAGCAGAACGUCAUCAUUGAGGAGUUGAAACAGAAACUGGGCUUGAACAUCGAAGACAUGGACAAGCUAACGACAGAUGACUUGCGGCAAUUGGUGGACAGUGCAAUCGGAAGAAUAGUGAAUCCAGCCAAAGUGAAGGAGACAGUCAUCCAUCAGCUCAAGAAUCAGAUUGGUGAUCUGGAGCGAUUCAUUUCAUUCCUACAAGGGGAAGCAUCUACGCCGGGCCUGGUGACUCCAAACAGCUGCAGCUGCCCUGUCGAUGCCAAGGAUGAUACCAUUUCUGAAGCUGACUCAGAAGCUCCAGACUGCUGUGUGCAUCCCAAGGCAGGCAAGCUUGGCAGUAAGCAGAGCACAGCAGAGAGGAUAAAGAAGAUGCGUGAGAGCCACAUUUCCUCCAUGAAGAAAGCCUUGGCCCUGCUGCAGUAUAUGGCCAUCACUCAGCUUGGCUGCGGUACCGACAAACUCAAAGAAAAGAAAACUGCUAAGCCAGAUGCAUCUGAUGAUUACCGUGAGAUGCUGAAAGUUCUGGAUGCUGCCGUCAAUCAUGUGAUCAUGUUGGCACGGCAACAGCAAGAAAGCCCUGCGGAGGAUAGCGACUACACAAGUGAUUCCUCAGAUAGUCCAGUCAACAGACCUUUGGAUGAUGUGACUGUCGCAGUGAGGAGAGAGCUUGCCCCGGCACUCAGAGAUCUCUUUGAACAUGGACAAUUUAAACAUUCUAGUUCCAGUGAUGCAUUGAUCACUCCAAUCACAGCCUGCCUUGCCACCCACCGAAACACUUCCAGCCAGAAAGUUCAUGCUUGGGACCUCUUUGUCAAAUACUAUGAUAUCAAGAAGGGAAAGGCUUUUGCUAUGUCUCCAGCCAGGAAGCUGUCUCAAGCCUUUGAUAUUGAUAUCGUAGGAGGCACAGCCAUUACUGCUAAGCAGACUCUGUUAGCUGCUAUUGACUACGUCAGUGGCUCUCAUGAACCACUCAAGCGAAGCAAGGAAGCACAGUUUAAAGCCUUCGUGUCAGAAGCACUCAAUGGGCAGAAACUGGCCAUUUGGUGUCGACUGAUCAGCAGAACAACAUCUCUGAUAGAUUAUCAUUACUAUCCCUGGAGCUACAUGAUGAAGAAUAGUUUUGAUGGUGCACUCCAACUUCUGGACAAACUCAGUGAGAUCAAAUUUCGACUGAAUGUGGACAUAGCAGUGCAACAGUUCUACAACAUCAAAGAUGCCUUCUGAUUGGUCUGUAUUGUGAAGAGCGUUAUUUGGAACUUCUGAUUGGCUGGACGUUUCACACCUUGUAUUCAGUUUGAACUCUAGCUGCCCAAACUGGCAAGAUUCCCUUUUGUUUUCUUAGAUCUUUUCUGAUUGGUUAACGAACAUAACCAGGUUGUCAGCUGUGCAAUCACAUUCAUUGUCUGAUGGACAACACCUCACCUUGAUAUGAACUGUUUUACUGUCCAAGUUGAAUAUGAUUUCACAUGGAUAAACUUGUAGUAUGGAUAAGUUUUAAAGUUUUAAAAUUGUAGGUUUGUAAUAUUUUUAUUUAUUUUAAAUUAAAAAUAUACUAGUAGUUAGUAUAGGUUUAAAAAUAACUGAGUGCAAAAACUCUAAUGUAAGGUGUAUAUGAGAAACAGCUGAAUCCACUGUCAAUAGUUGCGCAUGUUACUGCCAUCUGUAGUCAAGCAAUUCAGAUUGAGCUGUGCAUCAUAGGUUCCUGAUGGAAGUGUAGUCAGAGUAGAUAAGGCUCAUUAGUCACUUUGUAUUCUUACAGAAAAGGGAGUAAACAUAUGAUUCCAGCUGCAUUUUAUGUGCAAAUCUAAGAUGUGAUAAAUGUCUUCUUUUUCAUUCAAAAUUGAUUUGAGCACUGCCUUGGUGUAAGGAGUUCAAUGUUCAGGCAUCUUACCAUGUUGUUGUUUGUUUUAUUUCUCCUUUGAAGUAAAAUAUGAGUACUGAUGUUUGUGUUGGCCAAAGCAGCACAAUGGGAGAGAAGUGAUAUUUUGGCUUCAUCAGAAAUAUGACACAAACCACAAUGCAGGGGGCCAGUCCAGUUAACAGUGUUUGAAACCUACUGACCCCAUUUUACAACGUAUUGUGUCAUAAAUAUGAGGCAAUAAGUUCAUAUCUGUCCAACGUGAAUGUUGUGAUCACCUUGAUAAAUUCACCUAGAGCCAAUUAAUAUUGGUGUUGGAAAAACUUGGUCACCAAUUUUAGUUUCCUAUUAUUAUUUUUUUAGAUUCAAUGACUGAAUUUUUUGUUCUAACAGGCGAAUGCCAAGUUAUUCAUGUUACCUUUGUACAUAGCACGAACACUUAUAUAUAUAUACAUUUGUGGUAAUUUACGGAGAAAUUAUAUGGAAAUCUAAACAAAAAUUUGAAAUUUAUUGAUUUAUAACACAGUGUUAAAAUUUUGCACUGAUGUGAUUUGAGAGUGAUCUCUGGAAACAUUCCAAAUGUUUAAGUUAGCUUAGUGGAAUGACGACAGGUUCACGUCCAGGAUGUGUGUAACUUACAAUCAGAUGUCAAUUAGAUAUUAGAGAGAAAAUAAUGGUUGGGAUGACCCUGACAAAUAAGAACAUACAUGCAGUGCAGUUUGGUCCAGACGUAGAUUGUAAUGGAGCUGCUGUUGAUUGGCAAAUUGAAAGCAAAACGUACAAUGUAGCAGAGACCAUUCACAAACAAUAUUCGUUAUGUGCAAUUGUAGCUAGUUACCUUGUUUAGCUCAGUAGAAUUAUAUCAGCUGGAAAAUCUUUAGCUCCAGGAAAAACGUAGGUUGCAGGCCGCAUUCAGAUCUUGUUUUUUUGUCCUUCAAAUGUAGCUGCAUGUAGUGCAUGUACUUGACAAGCUUGACUUACACAAAUAUGAGUCCCUAUCCCCACUUUGAUACUGUGGUGGAUGAAAGGGAUGAUAUGACGUAACUGUAAACUUGAAUAAACCGCUUUCAACGUGUCACAUUUUCAUUACAUGUACAGUAUAUGAUAAAUAUGGAAUGAAUUGCCCAAAGAACAGGACAUAGGAGCUAGAUUUCGUCAAUGUAUUUGUUUUUAAUGAGAAUUUUAGUGGAAACAAAAGCAAACAAAUUUGGACUGAAUUUCAUGUGGAAAAUUUCAGAUGUGGCUUUGAAAUCUAAAAGGAUCACUUAUCCUUUUGCCUUGCUUAAUUCCUUCAUCUGCACUAGUUACAUUAAUGUUGAGAGUGGUAUUUAAGGUACAGAGGGAUUGGUCGUUGGUCUUCUAAGAAUGCAGUCAUUUUUAAGGUAGGGCUGGUUUCAAAGACCAACCACCGAUUGCAGGGCGUUGCUUAUUGGUUGCAACAAACAAUUUGUACUAACCUUCAGCACCAUUGUGUGGCAUAGAUGUCCUAGUGGUUGCACAUGCAUGGAGAUUUGUAUAUUGUCAGUACAAAUGUAAUACUGUAUCUGCAAAUGAAGUUAGCUGACAUGCUUGGUGAAAUAGACAAGCUCAGUUAACACAGCAACAAUGGUCGUGUUUCAAAUACUAGGGCCCAGUUUUAUUUGAACUAGGAACGAACUUCAUUGUUAAGCAAGUGGACCUGCAAAUCAAUAUUCAACCAUGUGAAAGUCGGUUGCAGGUAAUAUUCAUUGCAUUGCAUUAAGUCCGAUAGCCUUUUUUGUAAAGCAAAUUUUGUGUGCUUAAUUUGCAGAAAGUAGCCCACGCUAUAAAUAAUGGAAGAGUUGCCAAGCCUAGCAUUUAAAAAAAAAAUGUACCAGGAAGUUUUCUGAAAAAGUUUGCUGUCAGAAAUACAGCAUAUUGUCUGCAUUUACUAACUUUAUAUUGUCACAAUAGACGGCCAAUUUCUUUUUCUUUAAUUUUUUUAACUGGAAGCCAGGAUUUCACUUUUUUUGUGGACAUUUACUGAUGGUUUUCAGUGAUAACCCUGAAAACCUGAUUUUAUUUUAGAUAAUACUAACAGCAGGGGGUACCAUGCAGCUAUGGUAUGUAUUGUAGUUAAUUAUAGUAUGUCUGUAAAGAUGUGUUAGGUUCAUGAAAGGGUAUGGGAGAUGGAAAGAAGUAAGGUCAAUAAGAAACAAACUAGAGCUGUAAUCCAGUCCAGCCGAGUCAAAUCGCAAGUUAUUAGGAUAAGAAUAUCUUUGUCACAGUUCAUUUGAAUAGCUUGUCACGUGACUUGAGAAUGGAUAACUUAAUUGUGAUUGACGUGUGACUCGAUUACACAUCUGGAAAUAACUUUUUAGUUUAAUCGAUACUCUGUGUGCGGAGUUGUAAAACAGUACUGUACUAUAUAAGUGUUAAAGGGUAUAAAGACGUGUAAAUUAGUUUAAUUACGAAGUUUGUGCAACAAUAUGUAACACUAAUAUUCUUCCAGAGGAAUUCUGUUUAAAUCCAGUGCAAUACUAAAUGUCACUUGGUUUAUUUAAUUUCACAAGUGGAGUUUUAGGGUAGAAAUUUGACACGUGUAUUUUUUUCUGUCCAAGUUAAUUAAAUUUGUGUUGAAUUUCUCGAGAGUAGAGUA